CUUACCAAAGUCUUGGCGACGGAUGAACUCGUCUUUUCACGCUAAAAAUUUCUCCGAUAACAGAGAGAUAGAGGCUCAGUCAGGUUGUUGUUCACCACUCGCGCGCCGACGACAAUUGAAUUCAACCCAUCCUUGUGUUUUUGGACGGAGUAAAUCACUCGAAUAACAACGAGUUUACCCAACGACCCAAAUCAUCUUUCAGUUAUCGGUACUUCAGAUCACCAAAAACCACUACAGUCAAAAUGGGCAAGGUCACCAAGUUCGGCGACGAUGGCGAGGAGGUUACCAUGAAGGAGACCCCGACUUCUCACCAGCCGGAGGCUCAGGAUGAUGUCUCUAUGGCCGAUGCUGGCGAGGAGGGAGAGGAGGGAGAGGAGGAGUAUGAGGGGGAGGAGGAGGGUACCAAAGUCAGACUUCUUCCUGGCUCUACGCCCACUGCCGCUUCUUUCGAGUUCCUUGAGGAGAACCAUACCCUUGGCAAUGCUCUCAGAUACGUCAUCAUGAAGAACCCUGAUGUCGAGUUCUGCGCCUACGCCAUUCCCCAUCCCUCCGAGGCCAAGAUGAACGUCAGAAUCCAGACCUACGAGGGCACAAAUGCCGUCGACGCGCUCCGCAAAGGCCUGCGCGACAUUCAGGAUCUUUGCGACGUCGUAUCGGAUAAGUUCCUUGAGGCUCGCAAGGACUUCACUGAGAAGAAGGCCGCUGCGUCCGCAUAACUUCCUUUU